CUUCAAAAAAAAAAAAAAAAAAAAAGGCAAAGCUCUAUUUUAAGAUGAUGUUGCUGUGGAAGAGGAGCCAGAUUACAUUCUGCAAUACAAGAGAGUUAAUGAAGGAGAAAGACCUCAGACCAAACUCUAAGGAGAAACAUGUGUUUGCCAGUUAAGCAGUGCCUGCAUCAGUACGGCAGUGUUUCUUGCUGUGUUCUCAGUGCAGAAAUUGCUUUAUAACAAACUUCAGAGCAGAAACCAUCCUUUUAUCCUGUGUUCGUAAAGGAGAUAGCACCAGAGGAGAGCUGUGAGCUAGUUAAAGCGUUCAGAUUCAUUCAAACUGCAGAAGUACUGCGGAUAAGAAAGGAAAGCUGCACAAAGUUCCCAUUUUGUGUUAACUUCUCACUGGAAGCAGCUUACAGCAAAUAGCAUUUUACUUCCAUCGAUCAGAAAAAAGUUGCUUUGUGUUAAGACUUGACAAGUGUCUGAAGAGCAGGGGAAUUCCUCUCAAACUCUAGCAAUUUCUGACACUAGCCUCUUCACUUUUUUGUUCUUGAGGUCAUCCCCACCAUCGGGGGCUAAAAGUGAGCGUCUUGGGUUCCAUGUUCAAUAGGUUGGUGGCAUUUCUAUCAUUUCUGCAAGUAUUUUGAGCACCUCCGAUUUGCUUAAUGGUGCACAUCUGCACUUAAAGGUUUUAGUGCAUCCGUUUUAAAAUUUUGGACAUAAAUAUAUACAAAAAAAUAAGCAUCAAGAGCUGAGCAAAGACUGAUUGAGCUGCCAGGUGCAAACUGCUUCAUUAGAAUAAAUCGAAACGGGAGUGCAGUGCAGUGCAGUGCAGGAGGGAGUUUCCAGUAAGAGCAGCUUCAUCAUAACCCUAAGAGACCCCGGGCGCUCCGGUGUCCAAAGCGAGAUUUCGACGUCUGCCAAGCGCACGUUGGCACCAGGCGACAUGGCGGUUUUCUUUCUCUUAGCAGCUCUGCUGCCAGGUCCCGUUUCAAGCGUCUUACACGGAUCCAGGUUUUUGACCGGUGAGGUUGGAGGAUCGGUCACCAGCCAGUGCUUCUACUCCAUCACACCGGCCAACAGACACGACAGAAAGUACUGGUGUAAAAUAGCGGGGAGCGGCGUUUGCCUCACCGUCGUCUCCACCAGCGGCUACGUCUCGAGAGGCUUCGAGGGGCGGGUGUCCCUGCGGGACGCCCCGCGGAACGGCACCUUCACGGUGCGGCUGACGCGGCUGCAGAGGAGCGACGCGGGCGCCUACCGCUGCGGCAUCGGCCCCAGCAACGCCGGCCUCUUCGUGCGCCAGCGCCUGGCGGUUUCGGAAGAAACCUGGUCUUCACGAGGCCCAGGGACAUCAACUCUUGCGGACCCCACUCCAUCCUCAGCGCCGGCCGCGUCCAGCACCUCCACGCAGAGGAGCGUCACCGGCCAGACGUACACCCGGGGUGGAGCCGGCGCCAGCACAAGCGCCCUGGCGUCCCUGCGCCGCUCCGCCACCUUCGAGACCUCCAGAAAGGAAAUCUAUCGUGGGAGCGCAUCAAGUGAAUCGCAUCUGUUCUCCGUCGUGCCGCCAGCUCUCGUUGGGCUGCUGCUCAUCACUGCCGCUGUUCUUGUCCUCACCAAAAUAAAGCUUCGUAAGAAGGCAGGAAGAGAAAUAAGUGCUCCGGGCAGCGUGGAAGCAGCACCAUUUCAGGCUGAUUUAGACCCUGUAAAAGAGCAAACGAUGGAGAAAACCAUGAGUCCAGAAAAGCUCAAGAAAAGCAAGACAGACGCUGGCGAAAGCAGGAUAACCUAUGCUAUCCUUGGAGAUUCAGGCAGACCGACUUGUCUGGACCCCAUGGGGGAAAAAACGCUUUUCAGCAAGACCGAUGAAGAGGGACCGAGGCAGAGCUCCUCUCCUCCCCGGCCACCGCAUGCAUAAGCUCAGCGGCUCCUUUUAGCAAGCGGAGACACGGCCGGGAACCGCAAAGCGCCCGGCGCCACGUUUGCUUGCUGCCCUGCUCGGAAGCCAAGAGCCCGGCGCGACGGGCUGAUAGCCAGCCCUUCCCGACGCUGAAUCACCGCAGGCUGCCCAAAUGGCCCUUUCUAAAUCGUUUGCAAACGAGAAAAUAAAAUAACCCAUCUGUAAA